UGCGUCCUCGGUGUACUCCCGGGCACGUAAGGGCAGGAGGCACGAUCGGGGUUGCUGGCCGUGACAAAGCUGGCGUGGUGAUGUAAUGUUGCCUCUUUGACGAGUACGGAUGGCGGCGUGUGCCAGGCUCUGCGGAGUGGGGCAGUCGCGGAGGUGCAGGCGGCGACAGCGCCAGAGUCAGCAGGACAAGGACAGCGACUCUGACAUGGACGAGGAAGAGGAAGAGCGGAUUGUGGGCAGAGUACGGAUCGAGGCCGCUCCACCGGGGCCUACCGGGCCGGCUGACCUCGGCACCGUCGACAUUACGGCGAACGACCACAGAGUCUGGUGUGGGAGCACAGCCACAGGCUCCCCGGAGCAGCCCAGCAAUCCGCAGUCUCUGGUGGAGCUUCCGCCCGAACUACUGGUGGAGAUUUUCGCCUUGCUUCCCGGAGCGGCGCUUCCCAACUUGGCGCUAGUUUGCAAGAAAUUCAGGCAAAUUCUCAACACUGAAACCAUCUGGAGACGCCGGUGCGCGGAAGAGUUUGGCAUGAAGGGAGAGCCACGCAAAAUGGAGGAGGUGGGCGUGUCCAGUCGGGAGCUAUAUGCUAAGCGUGUCAACCUUAGAAUGGAGUCCAGACGCUUUAUUAAAGUCCUUCCUGAUAAUGAACGUACAGACUUUCGGAGUUUGUACACUCAGAUGCUGCACCCAUACAGACACAUCCUGGGCCUGUGGCAGCCUGACAUUGGCCCCUAUGGGGGGCUUCUCAAUGUAGUGGUGGAAGGCUUGUUCAUCAUUGGCUGGAUGUAUCUACCACCUCAUGAUCCCCGUGUUGAGGACCCCAUGCGGCGACGCCCUCUUUUUCGAAUCCACUUGUUGGAUGGCAGCAAGGCCACUGUGGAGUGCAUGUAUGGCCACAAAGGCCCUCACAAGGGAGACAUACAGACGGUGAAGAAGGAUGAGUUUUCCACAAAAUGCAACCAGACUGACCAUCAUCGCAUGCCGGGUGGCCGUCAAGAGGAAUUUCGCACAUGGCUGGAGGAGGAAUGGGGACGAACAUUGGAGGAUAUCUUCCACGAACAUAUGCAGGAGCUCAUUCUCAUGAAGUUCAUCUAUACCAGCCAAUAUGACAACUGCCUAACGUACCGGCGGAUCUACCUCCCGCCUCGGCUGCCCAGCGACUUGCUGGAGCCUGGCCUUUUCAAGGGCACGUAUGGGAGCCACGGCCUGGAGAUCGUCAUGCUGAGUUUCCAUGGCACUCGGGCCCGUGGUACCAAGCUUACCGGAGACCCCAAUGUGCCAGCAGGCCAGCUGACACUCGAUGUGGAUCUGAGCUGUCCUGUGUGCCUGCCAGACCUGGACUCCCAGAAGAGUAUGGAUGUGCUGUCUCGGCUGGUGCAGGAGGUUCAUGAGCAGGUGCAGAGGGGCUGUACCCCCAGAUCCCCCACUUGUCACACUGAAGCUGGGGCAGAGCAAAAUGAAAGGCCAGGAGCUGCAUCUGCUUCUGGGUCAGGGGUCACUACAGCUGACCCGCCUUCUGAACUACAGCCCUUCGUGCUGCCUCUUGGUGUCAUGGCCCGCAACGAGGUGUACCCACGCACCUGCAAGAUGUGUUUCUAUGGCACUGGCCUGAUCGCAGGGCAUGGCUUCACAAGCCCGGAGCGCACACCAGGCCUCUUUGUUCUGUUUGACGACGAUCGGUUUGGCUUCAUCUGGCUCGAGCUCAAGUCCUUCAGCCUCUACAGCCGCCUGACCGACAACCUCCCCUACGCACAGGCACCCUCUGUGGAGCGCUUUGAGGAAAUGCUGCGCAGCAUGCAGUCCUGGACGUCCUGACCUGCGCAUGCAGACUUCAUCUACACCCUCAGGCCUGCCUCCAUGACAGCAUGUGGACCCCCUUAACUUCCAUAACAGCAUGUAGCUUACGCCCCUGCUCACACUCCUCCCCUCAAUAACAGCAUGCAGUCCUGACAAAUCCCUUAACCACCAAGACAGCAUACAUUCUAAUAUCAUGGCAAAAUUCUAGGUAGGGCCCCCAUUUUUCAAACAAGUUUAAGAUUUACAGAGACCCCAAAAAUUCACUGAAGAGUCAGAAUGCCUCAGAUUAAGAUUUAUAAUUUGAGCUUGUUCAAAAAGUAGAAAGUAGUUACUGCCCAAGUCUGUCUUUUUAUUUUUUUUAUUUUUAUAGAUAGACUAUCCUUUGCUUAUUUCUGCAAUCUGUAAAAUACACACAGAGAUAUACUGGACCUGUGUAUAUGUAAAUGACAGUGUCCAGGUCCUUUACCCUUUAUCAAAACCCACUUCUACCCUUGCUUACUUACUGUUCUAAAUUAAUGUAAUGAAAAAAGGCCUUUUGACCUCUGAAGAUGAGAGCUCACAGGCUGCUGUUAGAUUUAGUUUACUUGUAUGACAAUGUCCCUCUUAUUCAGUUUUUUUUUUUUUUUUUGCAGUCCUUUCAUUCUGUAAGCCUUGCAUAUAGUUGAGUUUAACCAGGCCAGCUGAGGUGAACUUUUUCAAUGAUGAUGGCAUUGUCUCCACUGGGAUUGAGAUCCUUCACCCUCAGGUCCAGGGUUCUGUGAUCUGACCCAUCAUUCUUCACCACUGUCCCUACAUCGGACAGCUGAAGCACUCUGCCUGCUUCACGAGACUUAACAUUGUGGAGCUCAAGGACUCAACCCUUCAGCUAUAGUCUGUUAAGAACAUCUUGACAGAAGCUGAAAUGACUUGCCUUGUUUCACUGGCGUCUCGCGGACACCAAGCAGGCUCAUCUGUAACUGACAUAAAGUUGGGAGCCAGUGAAGUCUGUAGCACUUGCGGGCACCCUUUUUGGUUCCUACGUGUCUACCUUAGUGUGGCCUGCUCUAUUGAUCAGAUGCUUUGGGGUUUACUUUGUUUUGUUUAUCCUAUCAUUUCUGUAAUAUCAAAAUUACCCUGCAUCAUCACACUUAUUACAAAAUAGUGGUAAAGGUCAGUAUUACCUAGUGGAAAACAGAAUAAAGGCAACAAACACUAAUGGUGUGUUGAUUUGUGCUGGAUGAAAAAAAUACAUUUGAAAAUGCUGUGUUUACUUGCACAUAUAGAAAUGGCCUGUAAUACAUGUAGGAGGGCCAUCACUUAAUCAUUUUUUUUCUUUGAAGUGCACUUUUUAGGCAGGGUAAUGAAUGUUUUGUUAAAACUACAUUGAUUUUUCUUUUUUUUUUUUUAAGUAUACAAAUGUGUGUUUGUACACAUUUGUUCAGAAACAACUAUGAAGUGUUAAAUUUGAUAAGUAAUUGUAAUGGAUGACUUGUAUUUUAAAACUUUUUUUUAGUUAUGUUUGCUAAUUGUAUCUAUCACUGUGCUUCUGAUGAAGGGCCAUGUUCCCUUAGUCUUCAUUUUUUUCCCCCCUCAUUCUUAAAUGUAACUUGAAGUGUAUCUAUUUUAAACAAGAUACUUUAAGUCCCUUAUGCUAGAUUUCAGGGAGCUUUGAAGAUUUCUGUUCUGAAUAAAAAAUACAGAAAUGGGACCAUGUCUUAAUGUUUAAUGUGUGCACUCUUAAAUGUUAUGUUUGGAAAUUUUUUUUUUUUGUACAACUUUGGAGUACAAAAUUUUAUUUUUAAGCAAUGACAUCAGUAGCACCUACAUUAGAACCUAAAAAUCCCCAGAUAAGCCUUUAUUCAGUCAUUACUCCGGCAUUGUAUGUGAUUGUUUAUGUAUCUUA